CCCGCCCUAGCGGCCGAGCGCCUGUGCCAGCGGCUCCACCCGCAGUUCCUGCACAGCUGCGUUCCCGGCGGCAGGGCCAGGCGGGGCUCUGGGACAGGUGACACCGAGCGGGAUCCUCGGAUAACCACAGGCGGGCGGGGGCUGGGAGCUCUGCGGGCCGUAAGCCCGCGAGGCAGGAGGCGGAGGGGUCGUCUCGACUCGGACCCGAGUCGCCCGCCGCUGGUUUGCGCUCUUCCGGUUUCAAGAAUGGGGCGGGGCCUGUGCUGCACCGCCAGCCACUCUCGAGCAUGACGCCGCGGUGACGCCACGGCGCCUCUUCAGUGCCCCUUUCCGGGAUCCGCACUCUGGGUUGCGCGGCCAGCCAACCGCGCUCGCGUAUGCAAAUACAUGCAGGUCCCGCCUCCAGGCGCCGCCGGCGGGGUCCUCUGGCCAGGCUCUCAGGCCCGGAAGCCACUUGCAAUUCGCGCCCUGCCGCCAGGGGGCGCCAGAACGCUGCAGCCCCACGCAUGCCAGCCCUGGAGCGUUCGCGCGCCGGACGGCCGCAAAGCCUGCCCGGGCCCGGAGAGCUCUGCGUGAGGCCCCGGAAGAUCGUGUUUGCGGAUGAGCUGCGCCCUCGGGAGCCACUGCACCCAGAGAAGCAUCCCAGAGAUCUGGGACCCCGCCUCAACCCAGUACCUGACUACAAGCUUAAGUACCCACCAGUGACCAGCAGAAGGGACCGGAGCCGCUAUGCCGCAGUGUUCCAGGACCAGUAUGGAGAGUUCUCAGAGCUCCAGCGGGAGGUGGGGGCCACGCAGGCUAAGCUCCAGCAACUGGAGGCCCUGCUGCUGUCGCUGCCCUCACCACGAAGCCAGAAGGAGGCUCGCAUGGCAGCUCAUGUCAGGAGAGAGUUUGAGAAGAAGCGGGCGGAUCCUGGCUUCCUGGAUAAGCAGGCUCGCUGUAACUACCUGAAGGGUAAACUCAGGCACCUCAAGGCCCAGAUCCGCAAAUUUGAUGACCAAGAGGACAGCCACAGUGAGGACUCUGUGUACUUCUGAGUGUCCUGGAGAUGGUGGCUGGCUCCUCCUCCAAUAGGGAACCACACCAGUUCUUCCAGGGAAUAAACAUGGAUUAGACACCUA